AAUCCAGUUUUAAACAGACAGCUACUUGAUCAACUGUACAUAGCGGCAAACAUGAUAUUGGCUACCUUAAUUGUUGUUGGGCUUAUCACUCUGCUGACGUACUUGUACACCUUAUACAGCUAUUGGCAGAGACAUGGUGUGCCACAGGAAAUUCCCUUGCCCAUAUUGGGUAACAUGAAAGGUGUUGGUACUUCAAAACAUUUUCGUGAUAUUAUCCAAAGGCUUUACACAAAAUUUAAGGGUAAAGCUGCCAUAGGAGGCUGUUAUGUCUUUGUAACCAAGGCAGCCAUAAUACUGGAUUUGGAGUUGGUAAAACAUAUACUGAUCAAGGAUUUUUCAAACUUUCAUGAUCGUGGAGUUUUCAAUAAUGUACGCGAUGAUCCUCUUACUGGACAUUUGGUCACGCUUGAGGGUGAACAAUGGCGUGCCAUGAGAAAUAAAUUGACUCCGGUCUUUACCUCGGCCAAAAUGAAGUAUAUGUUUCCAACAGUGGUCAAAGUGGGACAACAUCUGGGUGAGGUGGUUGCUGACAUGUUAAAGAAAGCCCCUGAAGAUACGAUUUUGGAAAUUAAAGAUCUAUGUGCCCGUUUUACCACCGAUGUCAUUGGUACCUGUGCCUUUGGCAUUGACUGCUGCAGCCUCAAAGAUCCCAAUGCGGAAUUUCGUCGUAAAGGAAGAUCCAUAUUCACCGAGAUGAGACAUCAUCCUUUGGUGCAACAAUUCAUGUUCACCAAUCCUAAAGUGGCACGAAAAUUACGCAUGAAAUUCUUUACCGACAAAGUUUCCACAUUCUUUUUGAAAGUCAUACGCGAAACUGUGGAGUAUAGGGAGAAAAAUUCCAUAAAACGUAAUGACUUUUUGGAUUUGCUGAUUGAGUUGAAGGCAAAGGACCAAGAAUUGGCCAGAGAAUCGCAAGGCAUAGAUUUGUCUCAGGGUCUAACCAUUGAGCAAAUGGCAGCUCAGACUUUUGUAUUCUUUUUGGCUGGUUUUGAGACUUCCUCGACCACCAUGUCAUUUUGCCUGUACGAGUUGGCACGUCAUCCUCAGAUACAAGAGAAGCUGCGACAGGAGAUUUUGAAGAAUUUAAAGGAAAAUAAUAAUGAGGUGACCUAUGAGGGUCUACAUGGCAUGGAGUAUUUAGAUCAAGUGGUUUCAGAAACAUUGCGCUGUUAUCCUGUUCUGCCUGUUCUUAUGCGCACCACCAAAUAUGAUUAUCGAAUUCCCAAAACAUCUCUGACCAUAGAGAAGGGAACAUCUGUUGUUAUUCCCGUGGAUGCCAUACACCAUGAUCCCGAGUACUAUGAACAACCAAAUGAAUUUAAGCCAGAAAGAUUUACAGCCAGUGAAAACGAAAAACGCCAUUCUUGCGCCUAUUUGCCCUUCGGUGAUGGUCCUCGCAACUGUAUAGGCAUGAGAUUUGGCAAAAUGCAAACUAAGAUUGGCCUUGUGGAGUUGUUGAGACACUUUCGCUUUGAGAGUUGUCAGCAAACGGAAAUUGUUAUGGAUAAUAAGAAUUUGCUGGUGACAACAGAAGGGGGCAUUAAAUUGAAAGUUACAGCGGUGUGAUAAAGACUCAUUUUAUGGUAAUCAACAUUCUUAACAACAUCAUCAAAAUUUUGUAUGAAUAGAUAAUGUGGCCACUA